AUAUUCAUAAUUGAUACAAUAACAAUUGACUUACUGCAAGUUAAAACUUAAAAUCAGUUCCGACUCUUGCUUGCUGUGUGAUCGUCGCGGACGAUGGAGUGGGCGGCGAGAGCAGACCACCUCAGAGGCAUCCCAAGAAAACUCGUAAUAGCCACAAUUGGUUCCUUCGCCAAAACGGUGGCAUCUCUCAUCAACACAACCUCCGUUCACAACGCCGACACUCUCCUCCGCCUCGUCCGCUCCAGACCCCAAGGCAUUCCCCUCAUUACGGUUAGCAAUCACAUGUCCACUUUGGACGAUCCUGUAAUGUGGGGAUUCAAGGGUUUCCCAAUCUUUGAUACUAACAUAGCUCGAUGGGUUCUCGCCGCCCAAGAUAUCUGUUUCAAAAAUCCCCUUUAUUCCUAUGUUUUUCGCACUGGGAAAUGCAUACCUAUCACAAGAGGAGGUGGAAUAUAUCAAGAGCACAUGAAUGAAGCGCUUGAGCGCUUAAAUAGUGGAGAAUGGCUACAUACUUUUCCAGAGGGAAAAGUUUAUCAAGAUGAUGAACCUAUAAGGCGAUUGAAAUGGGGAACUGCUAGUCUUAUUGUCCGUGCACCUAUAACUCCGAUUGUAUUACCAAUUAUUCAUCACGGCUUUCACGAGGUGAUGCCAGAGAAAUAUAUGUUUGGUAGACGGCCUCCUUUACCACUAUGCAAUAAGAAGAUUAACAUGAUUAUUGGCGAUCCAAUUGAAUUCGACCUUCCAGCAAUGAGUGAAAUGGCUAUUGCCCAGUCUCGAAAUGACUCAUUCCCUACUUUUGGGUGGCCCCGGACUUCCAAUGGUUUGGAUGAGGCUGCACAGCGAUAUCUGUACACCACAAUUUCAGAGAAAAUCCGUGCUGCCAUGGAGAAACUAAGGUGCUAUGGCAAAAGUUUUCUGAAGUCAUAGAUUGAAUCCCACCUAAGCCCUUUUUAAGUUGUCACAAAUUUGUUCAUUGUAGUGUAUCAUUUGUUGUUAUUGUAGUUGAUGGUUGAGUGAGAACUCUCAACUUAGGGUUCUUAAAAGUCAAGUUGGCAAUAGAAUAUUUUAGUUUUGUAGGGAUCAUGACCCAUAGGCUACCCUCCAUUUACAGCCCGAAAUUAGACGGGCUAAUACUUGAAUAAUAAUUUUUUCAGAGAAGUUAAACAAGUUUUAGCUCAAUCUAUUCCUCACAUGUAUGUAUUUUUCUCAUUUGCAUGUAAUAGUCACCUGUAAGAGACAUAAAUAAACAGAUGCGGUUCGAGCA